UGCCGCCCAAACUCAGUUCGGUCCUCCACCCCCACACCAUCCUAAUUCCUACAGCCCUAUCUCAGAUUGUGGGAGGAUAGUUGGAAUAUGUUUCGGGGACUUAUUGAUGAGGCUGUUAGAGCGUAAAAGAUUGCAUUUUGAAGAAUAAAGAUGGGUUCUAAUCCCAAGCACCAUAUAUUUUGCUGGAACUGGCCAGGGGAUAUAACCUCUCAUCAGAGCCCGAAAAGUUCCACUGGCUGCCAGUUCGAUACCCCUUGGCUAUUUAAAUCUUUUCAUAACCUUGGCUUCAUGGCAUUUGAUUUCGUCAACAACAUAUCACAAUCUCCAAAUCAGUUGCUUAAGAUCCCAGUCCAGUUACAGGCUGGAAUCAAAGAAAAGGGUAUUAGAAAGAAGAAGAUUUUGACGUGGCAAGAGCAAGGGGAGGCUGAGCAGAGAGCGCUAGCAGCUGCCCUGGCUGCUGGAAAGGAGGCAACUGUCAUCGAAUUCUACUCGCCCAAAUGCAGGCUUUGCAGUUCUUUACUUAAUUUUGUCCGGGAAGUCGAGAAUAGGAACUCUGAUUGGCUUAACAUUGUGAUGGCUGAUGCAGAGAAUGAUAAAUGGUUACCUGAGCUCCUCUAUUAUGACAUAAAGUAUGUGCCUUGCUUUGUCCUACUGGAUAAAGAUGGGAGGGCACUUGCAAAAACAGGUGUCCCAAGCAGUCGGCUGCAUGUGGUGGCAGGAGUUUCUCAUCUUCUCAAAAUGAAACGUCCAAGAAAGUAAUUGACUGUAUGUUUGAUUAGACCAAGGGAAAUAGAGAAAUUUGGAAAAGUGAACUUCCAACUUUGCCUUGUGGAUCCUAUUUGGAUUAUGUUCUUUGAUCUUGUAAAAGCCUCAAAAAGUAGGAGUGGUCUUGCAAGUUGAACUGCUUGUAACCUUUCACCUGCUAUGUUAUGGUUGUUUCUAGUCUUUUGCUGGCCACUCUUUUACAGCUAAGUUACGUUUGAAUUUGUAAAGGUCUUAUUAUUGUGUACAUAAUGAAAAACAAAAUGUUAAACCCUUGGUUGGUUUUCUAAACUUUCAUCAAGAAGGAACCAGGGAAAAGAAACAGUACACAGUUCAGUUUUAA